AUGGUGAAGCACAAAGAUGUAUCUGAUGCUGACUCUUUCUCAUGUAAUGAGUGUGGCAAAACGUUCCCUCGAAAAGACAAGCUUCAAUGCCACUUGCAAGUGCACUCUAAGCGUAGGAAGAUUGAUUUGUCACCAGAGGAAGCUUUGAAGACGAAAGAUAUUGCACCAUUCUUCAACUGCACCAAAUGCGACAAAAAGUUUACUUUAAAAAAUAACCUUUGCAGGCACAUGAAAACACAUGUUUCAGAAUCAGUCAUUUGUAAUGAAUGUGGAGCUGUCAUCUCCCGGAAGGAUAAUCUCACACAUCAUCAGAGAUUCACCUGCCAGAAAAACAGGGAGAGGUCCGCAUUCACCCCAUUCGACAAUGAGUCCAACCCUACUACAUCAGAAAGCAACUCCAUGGACCAAACCUCCCAUCCACAGUCUGAGACAGAGGAAGAGCCUAACCAUUCCUCAAACACUGAUCAGGAUUCAAUCACUCACAAUCAUAUCCCUCAUUCAUACUGUUACCUGAUCAAAGACUCACAGAACGACUCUAAUCCUGUCAUACGUCAAUACAGAGGUCCUGAUCCAGCAAAACACUUUGGGGAGUCUCUUCGCCAAGAUGUGCUGAAGAUUGGUGACACUCUGUAUAAUGAAAGGCAAAUGGAACCAAAACUUACUCCUGCAGAGGAGGCAGCCCAUUUCGCUGCCACCCUAUGCUACAUUUGUGGCCAGGGUUUCACUUCUCAAGACUCCAAGGUUAGGGACCACAUGCAUUCCCAACCCUAUUCUUACAGAGGUGCCGCCCAUUCCAGCUGUAAUAUCAGGCAUCAGGAACAAAAUACAAUUAACUGCUACUUCCAUAACCUCACCUAUGACUCGCAUUUCAUCAUCAAAGAGCUUGGUUACGAUGAUAAAGAAAUUUCAGUAAUUGCUAAUUCUGAAGAGAAAUAUAUUAGUUUCACCAAGUAUAUCUCUUAUAAGAAAGCAAACAGAGGAGUUCUCAAACUUCGAUUUGUUGAUACCUUGCGCUUCCUCCCUUCUAGCCUCUCUAAACUAGCAGACAACCUUCCUAAUGAAUGUUUUAUAGAAACUAAACGUAGAUUUCCAGAUUCCACUCAGUUUACACUUCUCACGCGCAAAGGUGUCUUUCCAUACUCAUACAUCUCCUCAGUAGAGAAACUUCAAGAAACCCAACUUCCACCUAGGCAAGCAUUCUACAACAAACUCACUUUAGAAACUAUUUCCAAACAGGAUUUUAAACACGCUGAAGAUGUCUGGAAAACCUUCAACAUCAAAGAUUUAGGCCAGUAUUCUGAUCUGUACCUUCUUACUGACGUCCUCCUUCUUACAGACAUCUUCGAACAUUUCCGAGAUGCGAGUCUAAAAUCACAUCAGCUGGAUCCUGCUUAUUACAUCACCCUACCCUCCUACUCUUGGGAUUGCAUGUUGAAAAACACAAACGUUAAACUUGAGACCAUCCAAGACCAUGACAUUUACCUCUUCUUCGAAAAUGGAAUCCGUGGUGGAAUCUCACAGUGUAUGAAACGUAGGUCUGUAGCUAACAAUAAACACUGUGCAGGCUAUGACCCUUCUAAGCGUUCCAAGUAUAUUUCAUAUUUGGAUGCUAACAACUUGUAUGGAUGGUCUCAAUCACAAUAUCUCCCAACAGGUGGUUUCCGUUGGCUCUCUCCAGAUGAAAUUAGGUCCCUUAGUGUGGAGUCCGUGCCCGAUGACAGUGAUGAAGGGUACGUUCUAGAGGUUGAUGUUGAGUAUCCAAAGACCCUGCACAACAAACACCUUGACCUCCCAUUCCUUUGUGAACGCAAGACUCCACCAAACACAAAACAUGCAAAGCUACUCACAACCCUGGAGGACAAGAAAAAUUAUAUUGUUCAUUACCGAAUCCUAAAACAAGCUUUGAAGCAUGGAUUGAAACUGAAGAAAAUCCACAGGGUUGUGAGGUUUGAUCAGUCUUCCUGGUUAAGGUCUUACAUUGACCUUAAUACAAACCUUCGUAAAGCAGCCAAGAAUGAUUUUGAAAAAGACCUUUUCAAAUUAUACAACAACUCUGUGUUUGGUAAAACCAUGGAGAACGUGAGGAAACGUAUGAACUACAAAUUGGCAAGUAAUGAAGUAAAAGCAGAAAAACUCAUCGCCAAACCAAACUUUUUACACAGAACCAUUAUUAACGAAUCAUUGGUUGGCGUUAAUUUGUCUAAAGAGAGUAUCAUUCUUGAGAAGCCGCUUUAUGUAGGUAUGUGUAUUUUGGAGCUUAGCAAAGAGUUAAUGUAUAAGUUUUACUAUGAAGUGAUCAUCCCUCACUAUGGUGAAGAUAAUGUAAGACUUAUAUACAUGGACACAGACAGUCUAAUCUUUGAAGUAAUCACACCUGACUUGUAUGACAGUUUUGUACCAAUCAUUGAUCACCUGGAUACAAGUGGCUUUCCAAAGGACAAUCCGGCAUAUCGUCCUAACAACGCCAAGGUUCUUGGCAAGUUCAAGGAUGAACUGAAUGGUGUGUACAUUCAGGAAUUCCUUGGUGUCAGAACCAAGGUGUACACAAUCGUGAAAGAGGAUGAUAUGUUUGACCCAAUAAAGAAGUGUAAGGGUGUCACUAAGCCAGUGGUUGCUAAAACUCUUCGAGUGGAAGACUACCGGCGAUGUAUCCUGGAGAACAAUGAUUGGUACACAAUGAAUUCAACAUUCCGAUCUUACAAACAUGAUGUUGUGACCAGAUGGGAAAAUAAACUAUCUCUUAGUGGUUAUGACAUGAAAAGAUACCUUUGUAGGGAUAAUAUUAACACUCUUCCCCAUGGUCACCAUAAAAUAGAACUGUGA